AUGCGCUCACUAUCCUUCCUCCUCAGUCUGCCGCAUGUCUUCGCUUCACCUCUCGCCGCACCGGUUGUGGACCUCGACAUAGGACCCUUCCGCGGCUCAAUCUCGAAUGGUACCGACGUCUUCCUCGGUAUCCCGUAUGCCCAACCUCCUGUCGGGCGCCUACGCUUUGUAGCUCCUCAGGCCAUCACCACAAAGACAAGCACUAUCCGUGACGCGACACAAUACGGCGACGCGUGCCCGCAGCCACCCAGCGAUGGGUUGGGCGCCCCCGUCGGCGAGGAUUGUCUAUUCUUGAACGUGUGGCGUCCCGAGGGCGCACAUGAAGGGGACGACCUGCCCGUGCUUGUGUGGAUCCACGGCGGUGCGUUCGUUCAAGGUGCUGCAUCAGAUCCAGGCACUCGUGGCGAGCAUAUUGUUGGGCGGAGUGUCGAGACUGGCAAACCCAUUAUGUUCGUUUCCAUCAGCUACCGUCUGAACACUUUCGGCUUUCUUGCAAGUUCCCACGUUCCAGUUCAGGACCUAAACGCCGGACUUCAAGACCAAUCUGCAGCUCUGAAGUUCCUUCAAAAGAAUCUACGCAAUCUCGGUGGCGAUCCCGAGAAGGUCACGAUUUGGGGUCAGUCUGCUGGAGCAGGCGGUGUAGCCACGCAGGUCAUCUUUGGGCCUUCUGGAUUGUUCCGCGCGGCAAUCAUGGACUCAGAUACUGGGCCAUUCAAGAGCUCGCCCCCGCCAAGUACCUACGAUCUCCCUGGCUUUCCAUUCGAUACGGUCUCCAGAGAGGUAGGGUGCACGCCGGGUGCAUCUGUCUUCGGGUGUCUGCAGAGUGUACCCUUUGAGACUCUACUGAACGUCAGCAACACGCAUCAACAAGCAACACUCAAUUCACAGUUCUGGCAGCCUACACACGCACCUGGUGGCUUCGUUAACGAGCGCCCGUCCUCGAGAAUCGCGGCCGGGCAGUUCUUGAAUGUUCCCAUGAUCAUCGGGACCAAUCUGAAUGAGGGCUCGACCUUCUCGUCGUCAUUGCGCGGCCUCAACUUGACAGGCACAGCCCAACUCAACGCAUUCGAUGGUUUCGUGAAAGGGUCAGCAAUCGACUCGAGCAAGAUCACGUCCGAUGUCCUAUCCCGCAUUCACCAACUCUACCCUGCUUCGCCUCCCAGCCUGCCGCACGCGACUGGCGAUGAACUCUUCGACCGCGCAGCGGCGUGGUAUGGCGAUAACAUGUUCCUCGCGGCUCGCCGCCGUUUUGUCGACGCCGCCAUCAAGAAGCAGAACGUGUGGGCGUAUCAGUUCAGGGAGCUCAUUCCUGGGAACGACCCGAGUCUCGGCGUAUUUCAUGCCUCCGAGCUGCCGUUACUCUUUGGGUCUGCUGCGACUGGCGUCGAGAAGGAGUUUGCUGAUACUUAUCUCGACUUCUACAUCAACUUCAUCCACGGGUUGAACCCCGGAGAGAGCUGGCCACGCUUUACGGCUGAGCACAGCGUCGUCUUGCAACUCAUGCGAGACAAUGUCACGGCGAUACCAGACGAUUUCAGAACUGAGCUCACGUCCUUUGAGAACCUACCGGAACUGUUGGACGAGUGGCAGAAAUGA